CCAGUUUAUGCCUUUAGAAGCAAGCCCUCCACCAUAUGACACCCCAAAAAGGAGCAGAAGAGUGAGAGGAAGCUUAUCUAAAUCUUUGAGAAGCUUCUACUUUUGGAUUAAUCCCAUCUUAAAGAAACCAUCUGAAGCUCAUGUAACUGAAAAGAUGCAUUUAGGGUCCCACUCAUGAGACCUUAACAAGUAUAUAAACCAUCCCAACCCAUUCAUCAAAUUCACCAGCUCCAUUAACAAUCUCUUCUUCUUCUUCUUCUACUAUUACUACUACUACUACUACUACUACAGGUGCUACUGUUUUUCCUUUGGAUCCUUCAUCUUCUUUAAUUAGGGAGACAGAAAAUGAGCAGGGAAGGAGACUGGAUGUGCCCUUCUUGCCAACAUCUGAAUUUCAAAAAAAGGGAUUCAUGCCAACUAUGCCAGUGCCCUAAAUAUGGUGGGGAUAUUUCAUCAUACGGCAUAAACAGGACUGAAGUCUUGGCAGGGGACUGGUACUGCAAUGCAAUGAACUGUGGAGCACACAACUACGCCAGCAGACCUAGCUGCUAUAGGUGUGGUGCAUCAAAAGAUUAUUUCGGGUAUGGAGGUGAUACAGUGGGUGCAGGAGCUUAUUUAUAUGCCGAUGGCAGUGCUCCUCCUGGAUGGAAAACCGGUGAUUGGAUUUGCUCUAGACUAGGAUGUGGAGUACACAAUUAUGCCAGUAGGACGGAAUGCUUUAAAUGCAAAACACCAAGAGAUUUUGGUGGUGCAUUCUAGGGAAAAUGAACUGAGAGAGAUUAACGUGUAGCAGCAUUCCAUGUUCUGUGAAAUUCCAACUUCCAUUAACACCUUUCGUUUUGUUGCUUUUUUCUUCUCCUUUUCCGUUGAAUGUUGCAAGCUUCACAUUCAUGUUUGAUGAACCAUAUUCACAAGCAUAGCCAUGUAUUUUGCCAAGAAGAGUUCUAACAUUCUUACAUGAAGCUAAUAAUAAAUCCCUUCACUAUUCCGAAAAUAGUCCUGUGUGUAAACGUGUGUGUAUUUGUAGUUUGUACAAAGCUGCUUAAUUGUAGCCAAAGCUGCCUAAUUCCAUAGAUAAGCAAUUUGAAGAUGAUAAUGGACCACCCCUAAUGCAGCAAUCUUCCACCAAUGCAACAGAGAAUGUGUACGAGUCAUUCACUUCCCUAGCUAAGACGAGCCAGUUUAAUUUGGAGCAACAAAUUUGGUUACUUUCAGCAUCAACUCUCCAAGAAGUAUAUAAUUAGGCAUAUAAGAACCAGAUACUAAUCCUUUAUGAGCACAUAGGCAAUGACAAGAAAACGUUCCUUGCUGCAACUUUACACAAAAUGGACUUUUACUGGCCACCAUAACCAUCACUAUAGGCACCUUUUUUUUUUUUGCCCUUUUGGAAUUUUUAAUACCACCCUUACGCUUUGAAAGACUUUGAUAUAAUGCCAUUUUAAUUAUACAAAUUAAGGGAUGGAGGCGUCUUCAUUCCCAAUAACUUUUUUUUAUUGAUUGAAUGAAUUACUUUGAAUUAAAAAAGCAAGAGUAGGAGAUUGACAACAAUUAUGCUAAUUAUGGAUGGUGAAAGGUGACUAUAUUUUUUUCCCUUUCACUUUAUGUAUUUAUUUUUGAACAUAGAAUAUUUUAGAUUUUCACCACAUCAAUUACUACCCUAUUCAUUUAUAUUUCAUACCAUAGUACCUUUCAUGUAUGAACACUGGGCUUCAGAGAUACAUGAUUCGAACUUAACACUGAACACUGGGCUUCAGAGAAGUUUGACGGACCAACAUCUACUAAAGCUCAGAUCAAGUUGGGCCAAUACCUUAAGCUUGGCCCAAAUUGUUUCCACCGUCCAAUCUUGGUUAGGUUGGUCUAUUUGUGGCCAAUUAUAUGACAGCAAGAAGUGGGCCUUUUUGUGAAAACAUCUGUCCACUUGUCAUUACUCCAUGGCCCAACUAACUGACUCAUCAUCAGUCGUCAUCACCUACCUUCUCCUUCUC